AUGUUCCGACAUGGCUUUGUGGGGUACAUGACGCACGCCUUUCCGGCCGAUGAGCUGCGCCCCUUGACAUGUAAACCGCUGCUGCGCGACCCCGACCCGAAGAACAUUGGUGUGAACGAUAUCCAUGCCAAUGCGAGCAUUACUCUCGUGGACACGCUGAGCGCCUUGCCCCUCAUCUUGCCCGAGGAGUUUCCCGGCGCGGUCGAAAAGGUCGCGACGAUGAUCAGCUUUGACCAAGAUGUCAAGGUCCAGCGGCUCGACGGACUGCCGACCGAUCCCAAGGAGCAGGCGGCGGCGCUCGGCCUCAAGGGCAGCGUGGACGUCAAGCGAUGGGCGCCGCGUAUCCUCGAGCUGGCAGUCGACCUCGGUAACCGCCUUGUACCUGCGUUCAAGAGUCCCACGGGCUUGCCAUAUGCCCGCAUCAACCUGCGCAAGGGAGUGGAGAAGGGCGAGGGUGUCGAGACUUGUGAGCUGCAGUUUUCGCUCCUGUCGCGUCUUACCGGCGACGACCAGUUUGAGGCCAAGGCGAGACACGCGUUCAUGCGCCUGUGGAACAGCCGCACGCCGCAAGACCUCGUCGGCAACGGUAUCGCCGUCUCGCAUGGCCACUGGCUUGGACCGGGCCUCUCGGGCGUCAACGCCGGUAUCGACAGUUUCUUCGAGUACGCUCUCAAGGCAGCGAUCAUGCUUGACGACUCUACGUACAUGGACGUCUUCCAUGAUGCCUAUGCCGCCAUCCAGACGCAUAUCCGCACAGUGGAUGGCUUCUUUUGGCGACAGGUGCACUUGCGCGGACUCAAGCCUGCAUCCCCUGCGUACAUCGACUCUCUCUCGUCCUUCUUCCCGGGUGUCCAAGUCCUUGCGGGCGACGUCGAAUCGGCCAUUCGCGGCCACCUCAUCUUCUGGAACCUCUGGAGAAAGUAUGAUGGUAUCCCCGAGAGCUGGGAGCCCGAGACGCGCCAGAUCGGAUGGGCCGGCUGGCCCGGACGACCCGAGUUUAUCGAGUCGACAUACUACCUCCAUCGGGCGACUGGCGACGACUUUUACCUGCGCGUGGGCGAGCGUGUCCUCAAGGACAUUCUACGCCGCACAGUCACGAGGUGCGGCUUUGCAAGUCUCACAAACGUCGAGACUGGCGCUACCGAGGACCGCAUGGAGAGCUUUAUGCUGUCCGAGACCUUGAAAUACCUGUACCUCCUCUUCGACCCCACACCUGCACCUGCACCUUCCAACACGGUGUUUACCACCGAGGGCCACCCGAUGUACAUGCCGUACAACCUGACCACACCGCCCACUGCCGCGUGGCGCGCCAACCACCGCGGCGAGGACCUGUUCUGCCCCGUCUACACGCCGCAGACCAUGGGCGGGCUCCCCGUGGGUAUCGAGGGACGCGACGACUACGACUAUGCGCGCGCGCUGGUCUUUGGGUCGGGCGAGGAAGGUGUCGCCAUUGAGGAACCCAGCGCUCGCGCACUGUGGAGCGAGGAAGGUACCUGCGCUCUGCCCCACGUGCCCAACUACUCGUUUGAGAUUGUGCUCGCGCCCGCGGGCGCUGGCGCCGACUUUGCCCUGCCUGCGCACGACGCGUCCCCGGGCCUCGGCAAGGUGUACCAGACCGCCGAGGGCGACUGGGUGAUCACGGACAUUGACGGCCUGCGCCUCGGCGUGCGGUGGCGGAUGGACGGGUUCGGAUACGACGUCACCAACAUCGGCCCACACCGCGUGCGGUACGGCCAGCUCGUCACCAUUGUGGACGUGCGGAUGGACGGAUACCUGCCCGCUGCGCCGCGCGCGGCCGACUCUGAGCGGCCGACCGACCUGACCCUCUCGUUCAGCCGCUCCGUCUCCACCGAGACCCUCAUCUCCGCCACGGGCACGCCUGCCAUGUUCGGACACACCAUUGGCGCCGCGCCCGUGACCGCCAGCGGCAGCGGCAGCGGCCGCGCGGGUCCCGCCGACACGCGGUGGUCGUUUGCGUCUACGCCGCUUGUCGUCGCGCCGAAACGCAACAACCCCACGGGCUGCGUGCCCAUGGUGGCCGGGUUCAGCCCCAAGCCCAAGGACGGCGAGCCGUUUGUCGUCCUCGUCCAGCGCGGGGGAUGCAGUUUCCUCGCCAAGGCGCUGCACGCGGUGCGCGCGGGUGCCGUGGGCGUGAUUGUCGCCGACGCCGGGCCGAGCGCGGGCCAGUCGGCGCGCGUGCGCCCCAACGCCGACGGCGAGCCCGACGACCUCGUGGACGAGGUCGAGGACCUGGGGCUAGUGUUUGUCGACGAGUCGGCGGGACGGCUCCUCAAGCAGCUCAUCCAGAUUGACCGCAUCACGGUCGCCGCGUCGCCUGUCGAGGGGCAAGGCGUGGCCAUGCCCGCGAGUGAGCGCCGCGAGGGGCGCCUCGUCGUGGGUGACCACGAGCUGGUCAACUUGCGCGUGGCGGACCCACUGUAG